AUGAUUAAAAAUGAAGAAAUUAUACUUUUAGAAAAUAGAUAUGAAAUUUAUUUAAAAAAAGAAAUUGGAAGAGGAUAGUGUGGUGUUAUUUAUGAAUGUUAAGAUUUAUUGAAUGAAGACCCAAAUAAAAAAAUAUGUGCAAAAAAAGUAAUAGAAUUUUAUAAUUAAGAUUACUUGUUUCUUAUAAGAUGAAAAAUCAAAAAGAGAAUUUGAAUUAAUGUCUAAAUUAAAGAUAGUGGCUAAAGGAAAUCCAAAUAUAGUUAAUGUUAUAGAUGUUUUACUUCAUGAUGAACAUGUCAUCUUAAUCUUAGAAAGGUGUGAAUGUGAUCUAUCAGACUUAAUCAGAAAAAGAAGAAGGUAAUAACAAAGAUUUACACCUGCAGAAGCAUUAGAAAUUAUUAAAUAAAUAACUAAUGGAUAUAAAUUACUCUUAGAACAAAAUAUAAUACAUAGAGAUCUGAAACCAUAAAAUAUACUUUAUCUUAAUAAUACUUACAAAGUAUAAAAUAUUAAUAAUCUUAAGAUAGCAGAUUUUGGAUUGGCAAGAAUAGCUGAUAAAUUUGGUAUCUAUACAAAAUUAGGAACUCCUAGAUAUGCUGCUCCUUAAUUAUUUUGGGAUUAUUAAUAUUCCUAUUCAGCUGAUAUCUACUCUGUAAGAUUAAUUAUUAUCUCAAUAGUUGGGGAUUAUAUUUUAUUAAUUAAUCUACGAUUCAUUUCCAUUUGAUGCUAAAGAUUUUUAACGACUUAAACAUGAGUUGUUUCUCUUGAAAUAUAAACCCAUUAAAGUUAGUAGAGAUUUACCUGAAGUUUUAUAUUCAUAUUUACCCUUUAGUUUAAGCUUGAUGAUUCAAUUCCAAAUUUGAUUGAAUAAAUGCUUUUGUAUCAUGAGAAAGACAGAAUCAAUUGGACAACAUUGUUUAAACAUAAACUAUUAAUUAAUAAUUAAUUUGAAACUAAAUUAAUUAAUUAAGUAGAAACUAAAUCAAUUAAUCAAUUUCAGGAAUUAUCAAAAUAAAUAACUAAAAUUGAGAAACCAUCAAAAAAAUAAAAUAUCAAUCAACAAACAACAGAUUUCCAAAAUUAAAUAAUUCCAAAUACCUAACCUAUCAUUUCAAAAGAAAUUUCAAAAUCAGUUAAAGGAGUUGAUUAAAGUUACCUAUUUUAAAUCUUUUUUGUUUUUAUUUUAUUAGAACUCUAAAAGAGAAAGUUAUGA